AAUUAAAAUCAGAAAACAUAUUUGAAGUUGAUAUAAGUAAUUCUGAGAUGGCAAUUUUAGCUUGGUUGGUUAAGUAUGUAGCUACGCCACAACUGAGUAAUUCAAAGGCAUUUCUUAUAAACAUGAUGGUAUAUGCUAUUUACCUAUUCGUGUUUUCGUUUAAUUGGUUUGGUUCGAUGAGCAUCACCAGCUACUAUUUCAACAAACACAUGGAAAAACUAUUCGUAUCCAGAACUCCUGGCUUGGAUGGCAUACGGAACAUUGAAGACUUCUGGAUAUUCGCGGAAGGUCCAAUGCUGGACUCUCUCUUCCCUGAACCUGGUGAAAUGGACGGUAACCUUAUUGUUGGAGGACCAAGGCUGAGACAGGCGAAAGUUCGGAAUAACUCGUGUGAGGUACAUUCCCAUUUAAAAUACUUACAACACUCGUGUUAUGGCCACUACACAGUCUCCACAGAAGACCGAAAAACCUUUGGUCCAGGUACGACCAGUCCCUGGGUUUUCUCCCAUAUGGGCAGUGACUAUUACCAAGGUCUCGUCACGACGUAUGGUGGAGGCGGGUAUCACCUUGACCUGCCUCUUAACAAGAUUGACGCUCUGCAGGCUAUACAAGAGCUCCGGCAGAACAACUGGCUGACGCGAGGAACAAGAGUGGUAUUCGUGGAUGUAGUCGUCUAUAGCGUCAAUGUGGACAAAUUGUUAAUCGCCAAGCUGCUGGUCGAAUUCCCUCCAACAGGUGAUGCCCUACCGUCCUGGUUCUUUGAGGACUCAAAUACUACUAUAUUUUCCCAGUCCAUGGAUUACUUUGUUUUUGUAAGUGGGAUGAUUAGCAUGGCAUUUAAUGUUUACUUUCUGCUGCUAGAAGCUUGUAGGCUUGUGUACCUGAAGCUAGCAUACUUCUCAAGAUUCUGGAACUAUUUUGAUUUCUCUGUAGCAAUUUGCAGCAUUAUAUCAUUAAAAUACGGGAUUGAAUACUAUUAUUUAAUCUCCAGUACCAUGGCUAAACUUCCAAAUGGUGUUGACAUACCGGAGUUCGAGGUUUUGGCAGUAUGUAGCCUCGCUCUAAGAGCGACAACUGCCAUUGCACUGUUAAUGUCAUGGCUGAAAAUUUUUUACUUCCUUCGAGUUGGAAGUAGCACUCUGGCCAAGAUAAAGGUGUCUGUAUGGUCGUGUGUUUUGAACUCCCUUGGCUUAUUUAUGGUCUUCAUGCUUUUGGUUUUUGCUUUUACUCACCUAGCUCAUCAUGUACUAGGUCCCCACUUACACGAAUACAGCACUGUCAGCAUUACCUUUUCUUCGCUCCUCAGAGCCCUCUUGUGGGACUUUGAUCUGGAAGAACUCCAAAGGUCGCGACCUGUGUUCGGACCCAUGAUACUGCUCGUCUACCUGUCGCUCGUCUUGACCGUUCUUUGGAGCAUCCCUCUGGCUAUCUUCGCGAGGUCGCACACAGACGUGAUGUCGGAGAUCUCAAGGAGGUGCAACUUGUGGGACCAGUGGAAGGAGAUGGUGUGGGGCCAGUACAGUUACCGACAGGGGAAGGUCACGAGCGAAGAAGAGUUGCGACUACUGCUGGAACAGGAAGGCCUCACUGACGAGGACAUGGCAGCGGUGUUGUCCAGGAUGGGCGUGCGACGUGGCCAACAUGUGGACUCGCAUCACUUGCGGAAUGCGCUAGGCUGCCUGCAGGAUGCCGAGAUGCUCCCAGAGUCAGCAGUGAGAUGGCUUACUGACCUUCAACAGCGAGUGGAUGCAGCAGGGCAAACUAUGGUCGCCCUCACAGACAGAGUGCGCGAGGCUGUAGAUGUGGCUUCUGGUAAUGCCAUGCUCAGCCCUUAGAGGUAUAUAGUUCCUUUAUUGGUUCUAUUUGUAUUACUUUUUUAUUUUAUUCAGUAAACCUAUCUUUUCUUUUUUUAUAGAAAUGUAACUGAUAUAUAUUUAAUUGUUUUGGUUAUAACAUUGAUCUAAUUAAAAUAAAGUGUUAGGGACAUAAUCUGGAAAA